AUAUAAGUUUUUCAACUUUAUCAUAGUUACCAUCUUUAAUGUAUUUAUUUUAUGCAUUUUUACAGGAAAUUCUACUCCUGAGAAUACAGUCUGAUAGCAUAAAACAAAGAAAAUGGGAAAUAAUAAUAAAAAAAAAUCUUACUGAAAAUAAGCAGCGCUUUCGAUUUUAGACUCUAAGGCACUUAUCUCAUCCACAUAAAGGUCACAGACGAGUAUAUAAACUGGUGCGCAAGCAGUAAUUCUCACACACACAGACUUCUGUUGUGGCACAACAAAGUUGCUUAGUCAAAGAUGAAGUAUUUGGCAUUUGUGCUCCUGGCAGCUGCCGUUUGCGCUUCCGAAGUUGAGAAGCGAGAGGCGGAGCCCAGCUAUGGCUAUCGUCGUGCAUACGUAAUCCCAACCUCCACAGGAUACGGGAACCAUCGAAUCUACAAGAGAUCUGCCGAUCCUGAAGCUGAUGCUGAGCCUUCUGUUGUUUACUCUUCCGCAUCUUACACACCAACUGCACCCGUCUACGCUCCUUACAGCAUUCACGGGUACCACAAGAGGUCUGCUGAAGCUGAUGCUUCUCAUGGAACCUCUCAUGGAAUCUACAGACAUACUCCCAUUAUUUACGGAGGUCACUCCAACCAUGGCCUCUACAAGAGGUCUGCGGACCCUGAAGCUGAGGCAGAGGCUUCAACUGGUUAUUAUUCUACACCUAUCUAUGGUCCCGUUGUGCCUUACAGUCAUAUCUACAAGAGAUCUGCUGAAGCUGAGGCACAACCAUCCACCCCAUACGCUCAUGUGCACUACAGACCUGCUCCACUUUACCAAACUCAGUACUACUAAAACGGAGAGAUAUUAGCCGAUAUGGAGUUUUAGUGUGUGUUCAAUAAUAAAAUGGAAUAAUACAA